UCCCUUUAGGGUCUGGCAUUAGGAUGCAAGUAAGGGAAAGAAGGGGUGACCGAGUGUCUAUCCCGCAGCUAAGGGGGUGGGGAGGGGGCUUAGAGCCCCUGUGGGCUCGCCGAGGGGUGUUUUCUCCGAGGAAGGGUGGCUUUCCCCGAGCGCUCGGCAAUGGGUGUGUGUUGGAGGGUGGGGAGUGGGAGGCGCAGGGCUUGAAAAGAACAAAACAAGGAGCGAAGCCCAGCCUGGGCUCGGCAGCGUCAGGGGGCUGGGGCAGGGGCUGCGGUGGGACUGACCCUGCCUUUCUGCGGGAUGGGCACCGGGGACAGGGAGAGCCCUUUCCCAAGGACCGUGCGGGUGCAGGGACGGAGCUGGAAGCGCGGCUGGUGCAUCAUGUCAGAUGCCAGCGGAUUUCGGGGGGCUUCCCCUGUCCCCCGCCCCCGGGGCUGUUUCACCUCCAGUGUCAGCCUUGCCGUCGCAUGUCGCGGCCACCUCGCACUGCUGGAGAAAUAAGUCAAGAAGCUGGGUUUAAGGGGAAUCCGGGCACUUUCUCAAAAUCCGAGCAAUGCGAGAGCAGAGGAUGUGCGCGUCCUCGUUCGUCGGGUGCGGCGGGCGGCGAUGAAGAGAGGAAGAUGUAAAGUUGUAGUGGGAAAGGAAAAAAAUACAUAUCCUCGAUCUCCGGGAGAUGGAGGUCCUGUACAAGCACUGAAAAACAAAACAAAACAAAAACCAGCAACAAAACAACAGCAACAAAAACAAUAACACUAAAUUUUAGGCACUCUUAAAAGACCUGCCUCUAAAAGCAUUGGAUGUAGCAUUGUGCAAUUAGGUGUUUCCUUAUUUGCUUCAUUGUACUACCUGUGUAUAUAGUUUUUACCUUAUGUAGCACAUAAAACUUGUUGGGAGGGGGGAGGGACUGGAAGAGGGUGACUGAUUGGAACUUGCUUUCACAAUCUAGCAAGCCAAGAAAUCCAUGAAGAGAAGCAGUGUAGGUUUUUUAUUACUUAAAGAUGUAUUGUCCCUUUAAGUGGGUCCACAGUGUUUUUUCUUUCUUUUUUUUUUUUUUUUUUUUUUUUUUUUUUUUUUUUUUAAUUUUUUAAGGUUUUUUUUUAAUAUAUCAUCAUGGUAACUGCUCAGAGCAGAUUACUGUGAAAUUUCUUCCUACAGCAUUGAACUGAAGAGGUGGGAGCUGUGAUGAUUCCGUUAUGUAGUAGCAGAAGUUCCCCACCUUCCCACCCCACCAAAUCCACAUACCAAAACUGAUAGCCUGUAAAAAGUUGUGUAAAAUCAUCCCCUGAUUACAUUGCCUGAUUAUUAUUUUUUUUUUAAACCUAAUCUGGAAGGCUUUUGCUCUGAAUCUGGAAUAUUGUUGUUUUCUGAUCUGACCCACUUCCUGAAGUGUUUGUCUGUGAGAGGAAAAGGGAUACUACAUCUUUAAACAGUAUUUCUACGUUGCCUGUGUACCUGUAUGUAAAAAUAAAAAAAAAAAAGUUUGAAGUGUACCUGUGUACAUAACUCUGUAAAGACACUGAGAAAUUAUACUAACUUAUUUAUGUUAAAAGAUUUUUUUUUAAUCUAGAAGACAAUAUUUUUUCCCCAUAAAGCCAAAGUGGCGUGGUUUUGUGCAUUUGUAAAUGCUCUAUUUGGUAGACUUUUUAGAGGGUUUUUUUCAGUUUGUUUUUUUUCUCUUUUUUUCUUUUUUUUUUUUUUUCUCAUAAUUAAUAUGGCUGUGCUUAAAAGAUUGCAGACUGAGCCAAUUAAAAUUUUUUUUGUAAUGUGUGGGGAAAAAAAAAUCCAGAUUGAUAUUGUUUCACAUCAAGCAAUCAAUAAAGAAAACUGCCAUAUAUAAGAAAUAUGGUCUUCAUUAGUGUGUGUUUCAACAUCCCUCAGCCUGGCGCAGGAGGAAAUAAGACUGCAAGAAAUAACAGUUUUCCUUUGAGCAUCCAUCUCUUCACGGGUCUCUGGUGGAGAUGAAAGUAAAGGAUGCAGCACCCUUAGUGCCACGAUGCCAUUUCUUCAUGGAAGUGUGCUCAGGCAUUGGAACGGGCUGCCCCGGGCAGUGGCGGAGUGACCAUCCCGGGAGGGAUUUCAAAGUGCCUGUGGAUGUGGCACUUCGGGACAGCGUUUAGUGCUGGGUUAACAGCUGGAUUCAGAAGAGGGCUUUUCCAACAUAAAAAUGCUUCUGAGUCUCCUCUAUGGUAAUUGGGAAUGAUGUGCCCUCUUCGUGUAAAAGAGCGGAAUUUCCUGUGUCAAAAUAUUUUUGGGGUUUGGGGUGGGGUUGGGGUUUUUUUGAGAGAGAAGAGGUAUUUCGAGGUAUUUCUUGCACUCUGACUCCUAAGGCUUCAAACUCGAGCCCUAAAGAGCACCUUCCGGGCGGCCAUCGGAGAGCCAGCGCAUCCGCGGUAUUCCCGAGCUUGUCCCUCGGUGCCUCGCUGCCGGGCCCCGCCGGUGACCGGAGCCCCGGGGCAUCUUCCCCGUGCGGCCGCUCGUGGCUAUCAAAGAUGGCGCCUCGCACGCCCCGGGCCCGGCAGAUGCCGCCGGAGGCACCGGCCGCGCUCCGCCGGGGCCGCGCCGGGCCGGGCGCCGGCGGACACGGGCAGGGCUGGCACCGCACGGUGCAGGAGGGGAUGCCCGCGGUGCGGGGGAUGGCGGGGGCUGCCCGGCCCUGCCCGCCACGCCCGCCAAGGUGCGAGCGGACCUCGCCGCCCGGGGAUGCGGGGGAGCAGCGUUCUCAGCCGCAGGGCUUGCGAGGAAUAAAUAAACACGUAAAAGAACACAGAACGGGGGCGGAGGGGGAGCACAGCUCCCUGCGAGGCUCGCCAGGGUCCAACCCCCUCCCCGGUGCAACGCGAUCCUGUUGUUUAUCCCGGCCGCGCCCGGGCUCGCCCUCGCUCCGAAAGCUCCCCGAGAACGCCGGCAUGUGCCGGGCCGGCGCUGGGGAGGGACGGCGAGAGGGGGCGAGACCCCGGCUGCCAGCCCCACUUCAGUGUGGGCCCCGACUCGGGCAGGGCCGGGCGGAGGGGCCGGAGUGGGUACGGCCGGCGCUGCCCGUGCCCUGCUCCGGCGGCUGCGGGGAUCGCUGGACACACCGCCGUCCGCCCCGGGCGCGCUCCGUGCCCGCCCUCCUGCCCCACGCACAGCGACUGCAGCCGCCCCGGCGGGGCUGCGCAACCCAGCCCGCUAAACGUGGAAAACACUCGCGAAGAUUUAGAAAAAAAAAAAAAAAAACAACACCCAAAAACAAAAAGCCAAAAAACAAAACCCAAAACCCGUGAUGUUUUUCUUUUUCUUUUUUUUUUUUUUUUUUUUCCGCCAGCACGAACAAAGUGAUCUCGGUGGAAAAUAAAUAGCGGCGCCUCCCCGAGCCGGCCUAUCCCCGCAGCCGGCGCAAGCCAAACCCCCCCGGGCGGGGGACAGGGGCAGGGCGGGGCUGCAGCCCCCGGGCCGGGGAGGGAAGUGGCGGGCGGGGUUCAUGCCGCUCCUCCGUCACGUAGGGUUGGGAUGUGCCCUCUGACCGCCCCCCCCCCGCUAUUACUUUGAAUAUUUUUUUUUCUUUUUCGUCGCUGCUGUCCUUGUUGCCGCGACCGAUCGAUGCCGCUUCUCUGCCUGGGGAGCAGCCCAGGGCCGCCGCUUCUACCGGGGGCCCGCCCGCCGCUAUCGCAACAGCGCCGGGGGAGCGCCGCGCCCGCCCCCGCCUCCUCCUCCUCCUCCUCCUCCCCCGGUGACCCCCGGGGGAUGCGCGGGGCCGGAGACAGAGGGGGCACAUUCCCCGCCGCCCCGCCCGGAGCCAGUGGGGCAGGGCGGCCACGGCUCGGACCCGCCCCGUGCCCCCUCCCUCGGGGGCCGCUUGUGGCUCUUGCACGGCCGCAGCCCCGCGGGGAACUGGAGACGGGGCCGUGCCCGCGCGGCGGGGGCACAUUUUUAAAUUUUAUUUCCCCCCUCUCCCUUUCUCCUCUCCGCCGCAACGUUUCCUCCUCGGGCGGCUGGAGGCAACCUUGCCUCGCUGCUUUGGUGCGGCUGGCAGCGCUCCGCGGGCCGGGCGGGGCGGCAGCGGGGGAAGGGCAGGGCGGAGCGCGGCCCGCCCCGUCUGAUGCAACCGCGCUGCCGCCCCGCGGGGUGCGCACGCAGCGCCCGCCUCCCCCUCU